AUGGCGUCCGCCGGCAACAAGAACAUCAACUCCAAGCUGGUGCUCCUUGGAGAUGUUGGAGCUGGAAAGUCUAGUUUGGUGUUGCGAUUUGUGAAGGGUCAAUUCGUUGAGUUUCAGGAAUCAACUAUAGGAGCUGCAUUUUUUUCCCAAACAGUUGCUGUGAAUGAUGCAACUGUCAAAUUUGAGAUAUGGGAUACAGCAGGUCAGGAGAGGUACCACAGCUUAGCUCCAAUGUACUACCGUGGAGCUGCUGCCGCUAUUAUUGUCUAUGAUAUCACAAACCAAGCCUCAUUUGAACGAGCCAAGAAAUGGGUUCAAGAGCUUCAAGCACAAGGUAAUCCAAAUAUGGUUAUGGCACUUGCUGGGAAUAAAUCAGAUUUGUUGGAUGGAAGAAAAGUGGCAGCAGAGGCAAGCAGUUUAUCCUUUUCCCAUCCUAUGUGGAUCACUCACACCCUUGCACAACUGCUGUACUUUUGA